AUGCCACAGAAAGGCAUACAGGUAUGUGAAGUUUUUGAUGUUUGGGGCAUAGAUUUUAUCGGACCAUUUCCACCAUCUCAUAAGUAUAAGUACACACUUGUAGCAGUAGAUUACGUGUCAAAGUGGGCUGAAGCCAAGGCUUUACCUACAAAUGAUGCCAAGUCUGUCAUAGAUUUCCUUAAGAAUUUGUUUAGUAGGUUUGGUAUGCCAAAAGUCUUAAUUAGUGAUAGGGGUAGUCAUUUUGCUAAUGCUCAGCUAGAAAAAGUGCUUAAGAGGUAUGGGGUCAACCAUAGAUUUUUGACAGCUUACCACCCUCAAACUAGUGGACAAGAAGAGAAUACAAAUAGAGCACUUAAAAGAAUCUUAGAAAAGAUAGUUACCGAUAACCCCAAAAAUUGGGCACUUAGGUUAGAUGAUGCACUUUGGGCAUUUAGGAAAGCAUAUAAGACACCUAUAGGAACAACACCAUAUAAUUUAGUUUAUGGCAAAACUUGUCAUUUGCCAUUAGAGAUCGAACAUAAGGCUUAUUGGGCACUUAAGAACUUAAAUCUUGAUAUGUUAGAGGCAGGAGAUAGGAGACUUUUACAGCUUCAUGAAUUAGAUGAAACUAGGUGGAUGGCUUAUGAAAAUUCAAAGUUGUAUAAAGAAAGAACAAAAGCUUGGCAUGACAAGAGAAUAAAGGCUAAAAGAUUUAAGGAAGGAGAUUUAGUGUUACUUUUCAAUUCUAGGUUCAAACUUAAAUCACCUAAGUUCAAACCAAAAUGGUCAGGACCAUACUUAUUACUUAGAGCAUAUUCCUCAGGUUAUGUAGAAUUAAGGGCCAAAAAUGGAGAUAGUUUUAUAGUUAAUGGACAGAGAAUUAAGGUGUAUAACCAAGAAAUAGGAGAAAGGGAAGUCGACCUACGGGACGAGUUCACUUUCAAAAUGACUUAG